AUGACCAAACCCAAGAAAAGCCCGUCCACCUCGGAGACGAUUCUCGCCAGUCGCCGAACGUUUCUGCGAAAGGCAGGACUUGGCGGCGCCGCCGUUGCCGGGUCGGCGCUCGCCGCGCCGGCCGUGCUCGCACAGAACGGCCCGAUCAAGUGGCGCCUGCAGACAUACUCCGGCGCGCCGUUGGGCGCCCAUGUGAUCAAGCCGCAGAUCGACGCGUUCAACGCGGCGGCCAAUGGCGAAAUGGAAAUCGAGCUCUACUAUGCCGACCAGCUGGUGCCGACCGGCGAGUUGUUCCGGGCGAUGCAGAACGGCACCAUCGACGCGGUCCAGUCCGACGAGGCGACGAUGGCCUCGCCUGUCGAUAUCUCCGUGUUCGGCGGCUAUUUCCCCUUCGCCACCCGCUACAGCCUCGAUGUGCCGUCGUUGUUCCGCUACUACGGGCUUCAGGAGAUCUGGGAAGAAGCCUAUUCGGAAGUCGACAACGUCACCUGGCUUUCGGCCGGCGCCUGGGAUCCGCUUCAUAUCUUCACCAAGGACCCGAUCCGCUCGCUCGCCGACAUGCGCGGCAAGCGCGUCUUCGGUGUGCCCACCGCCGGCCGGUUCCUGUCGCGCUAUGGCCUGAUCCCGGUCACCGUGCCUUGGGACGACGUCGAGGUCGCGCUGCAAACGGGCGAACUGGACGGUGUGGCAUGGUGCGGGUUCACCGAAGCCUAUGAGGUGGGCUGGGCCGAUAUCUGCAACUAUGCGCUGACCAAUUCGGUGACCGGCGCCUGGUUCGGUUCCUAUUUCGCCAACACCGAAAGCUGGAACAAGGUGCCCCCGCAUCUGCAGGAGUUGUUCCGCAUCACCAUUGACCAGUCACACUAUUACCGUGCCGUCUGGUACUGGGGCGGCGAGGCCAAGCUGCGCGUCGAAGGCGAGAAGAUGGAACUGACCUCCAUUCCCGCCGACGAAUGGGCGCAGGUCGUCUCCGACGCCGCCGGGUUCUGGGACGAGAUCGCCGCAUCGUCCGACCGGGCGGGCCGCGUUGUCGAGGCCUUCAAGACCUAUUCCGACACGAUGGAAAAGGCCGGUUAUCCCUACCGGACCUGA